AUGAUAAAUAACAGCUGGCUAGCAUCAAACCACAGGAGGACAAGGCUGUUAAAUAUAACCUACACAAAUUCCCAAUCUCAUCUCACUUUCCUCUCACCGUCACCAAACACCACCAUUCUCAUCCAUUCUCUGCGCCGCCACUCCGGAGGUUGCUCGCCGCUGACGUUCCUCGGUCGCACUCUUCUCUUCAUCGUCGCUCUCGUUUCUUCCUCGGUCACGGUCCACGCUUCCUAUCGCUCGCCUCCUCCCCGUUUCACCGAUCUCCUCACCUCUGUUCAUCAUCUCUGUUCCAGUGUUCCUCGAGGUUCAUUGUCACCGCUCUGGAUUCUACUACUGCUUCGGCUGCUUCUGUUCCAGUGUUCCUCUGUUCGUCUGGUUUCUUCUUCUAGCUUCUGCUUCUACUACUG